AACUGAACCCCUUAACUUUGAAGUGCAAUCUCCAUCUUUGUAUCUUCAAGUUCCUUCAAACAUAAGUGAAGUAAAAGAUGACAUCCAUCUCAGCUUCCAUUUCCACCUCAUCACCAUCCUUCUCUUUGCCCCAAAAGCCUACAAUCAUCCCCCUUGGUUCUCCAUUUCUCCGAUUUCCAUCAAUGAUCAAGAUGGGAAAAGUGAGAUGUUCCAUAGAAGAUAAGCCCGCUAUAACAUCCGACGACUUAGUAAAACCAAUCGGUGAAGAUGACUUUACUCCACAAGCACCUUGUCCAGAAGGGACAAUUUCUAUUGGAACUACUGGAAAGAGUUCAUGGCCGGAGCUUGUAGGGGAAAAAGGAGUAGUGGCAGCAGCUAUAAUUGAGAAAGAGAAUCCACUGGUUAAUGCUAUCAUAUUACCUGAAAAUUCUCCCGCCACUUUAGACUACAGGACUGACCGUGUGAGGGUAUGGGUGAACUCUGAGGGAGUGGUGAUUCGAACACCGGUCAUUACAUAAUUUAGCUAAUUUAAGGCUAGUUAUUUGGGUUGAUUAUCGUAUCAAAGUUAUUAUAAGAAAUAAAUGAUACGUACUUGUUAUUUAUUUUAUGAUUAUGGUCGUUUAAACUUUGUCAGGAAGAAACUGUAUAAUCUAGGGAUGCUUUAUUAAAUAAAAUUUGUAGCAUGUGUGUA